UCUAUGACUUCUUUCUGAGUAGUGAUUCUGGCUCAUUCAUCCAUACCCCCUUCCCCUCCCAAGUGGUGCCUGAUAGAGAAAAGUGCCCUUUAUAAUAAAUUAACUUGAAUUGGGGUGCUGGUAGGGCAGCUGUCAAUGAAUGAAUCAGGGGGGAUACUGGGUAUGAAAAUGUGCCAGAUUAGCUUGAGGUUGGGCUGGGUGUAUGGGAGGGGUCCUAAUGUGAAUGUGGUGGAAUACUGGGGUGAGGGAGGUUGAAAAGAGAUCAGGCAAAACCCUACACAACCUGUAGGCAGAUGUCUUGGCAGAUAUCUCUAAGAUAUGGGAAUUUCCUAGCCCCUCUGCAAUGUGGGAUUCCAUCUUGGGCACUAGGAUGCCACCUCUAGAAGGAAUUCUGCCUCCUGCUCAGGGAUAAAACUAUGCAAGCCCCGAGCUACUUUAACAAUUCCUGUCCCAGGAAGGCAGCACAGAAGGAGAAAAACAGGCAUAUCUGGUCUCGUGUUUUGUGAGCAAUUCCAUGAUUGCCUCCACAUUCCUCCAGUGAACACACUCUGGGAAGCACUUUGUUCCUCUCUCUGUUUCACACAUACUGUCCCCUAAGACAGCCCUGAGGCCUAAGCCCUGGAGGCCCUGACACCUGGGCAGCUGAGUCAGCACCUCAGGAAUGGGCUUUAGUAGCAAAUCUGUGAUUCAGGGCCCCAGGAAUGGCGUCGAGCAUGCCAACAAACCAGCUGCCUCCUUCUCCUCCUUGAGGUGGCAGAAAGGAACUCAACCAGCUCAUCCCUGGGUAUGCAAAUUAUCCUUCCUGAUCCUGGCCCCCCAGCUGCCCUCUGCUGGUUCAGCUCUGAUGCUUCUCAGGGGGCCCCCCCAAACUGGAUGAGGACUGGGGAAGAGAGUUCCGGUGUUUCCCAAGAUAAAGAGGAAGACAAAACGGAACUCCCAAGGAGCCUUUUUCUACCGAAGCCCCCCAAACCACUCCUCACGUCUGGAAUAGCUGCCUCUCCUUUCUUUACCUCCUCCCUUUCCUCAGUUUCCUUCAACCUGGCUGCCCAGUCUGGCAAUCUCCCCUCCCCUUCGUAUUGGCAGGCAAACAGAACACCAGGCUUUUCUUUUGUUUUUUCUUCUUUUUGCUUUUGGUCUUAAAGCCUUUCUCUGUGGAUCCCUGUGUGCAUGUGUAGAGAGAGGAGACCAGGUUUCAAGAAAUCAAAGAUGUAACAUCUUAGCCUCAUAGUCUUAGAAUCCUUUGGUAGAAGUUUCUUUUGGCUUUGUUAUUUUGGCUGCUACUUUCUGGCCUUCCCUUUAAAUCCAUUCCAGGUCUGAGGAGGGGACAGUAGGUGUCUCUGGUCUGCAUGUUCUUCGCCUCUGCCUCUCCCUCUCCAGCUUGUGCUCCUCCCAGGCACAGAGGCUUGGCCGUGACAGGUUUGGCCGCAGAUUGCCCUGGAAGGGGUGUGAGUUGUCAGACAGGUGACUGCCGGCUUGGACGCCUGAGGCCUGCCCUGACUGAGUCACCUUGCUGUUGUUGUCACCAUCCUUGCUGGAGUCCCUGCUCAGCAACCCAGACCUCUGUGGACACGGCAGCAGCUCCCAUCCGUCCAAGCUUUCAGGAGAAGCUACUGGCCCGAUGGUGAGGCAAGUGGGCUGGGGGGGGAACCGAGGGCGGCUGGGGCGGUGGGGAGACCUGGGGCCUGGAUCAGUGCCUCUCCUCCCCAUGCCGCUGCCCCCUCUCCCUCCUCCUCCAUGUCGGGGGCCUGGCAGAGGGAGGAUUUCCAUCUUCUCUCUGUCCCCUGCCCCUCACACAAGAAGCUCUCCUUCCUCGGUCCCUCCCCCGGCCCUGGGACCCCCCUGCCCAGCGUUGCAGGCCCCAGGGGGCUCUCAGCCUCCCCACAGUGCCCUCCCCACCCCAACAGCGCAGGCAGGGCCCGCGAUGACACCCAGCUCUGCUCCCCCCUCUUGGGGCUCCCACUCCACCCCACCCCUGGCCCCAGUGACUCCCCCUCCCUCGCACCGAUGCCCCCAGGACCCUCCUGGGCUGCGGAUAGGGCCUCUGAUCCCUGAGCAGGAUUAUGAGCGGCUGGAGGACUGUGACCCCGAGGGGUCCCAAGAUUCACCCCUCCACGGGGAGGAGCAGCAGCCCCUGCUCCAUGUGCCUGAAGGGCUCCGAGGCUCCUGGCACCACAUCCAGAACCUGGACAGCUUCUUCACCAAGAUCUAUAGCUACCACCAGAGGAAUGGCUUUGCCUGCAUCCUGCUGGAGGAUGUCUUCCAGCUGGGACAAUUCGUCUUCAUCGUCACCUUCACAACCUUCCUCCUUCGUUGCGUUGAUUACAACAUUCUCUUCGCCAACCAACCGAACAACAGAACGACACCUGGCUUGCUCCACGGCAAAGUCACCUUGGCAGAUGCCAUCCUGUCCUCCUCCCAGUGUGCCCAGCGGAUCCGCUCCAGCCCCCUGCUGGUUUUCCUUCUGAUCCUGGCUGCAGCCUUCUGGCUGUUACAGCUGCUUCGCUCAGUCUGCAACCUCUUCAGCUACUGGGACAUCCAGGUGUUUUACAGGGAGGCCCUGCACAUCCCCCCGGAGGAACUCAGCUCGGUGCCCUGGGCCGAGGUUCAGUGCCGCCUGCUGGCGCUGCAGAAGAGCGGGGGGCUGUGCGUGCAGCCGCGGCCGCUGACCGAGCUCGACGUCCACCACCGCAUCCUGCGCUACACCAACUACAAGGUGGCGCUGGCCAACAAGGGCCUGCUGCCCGCGCGCUGCGCGCUGCCCUGGGGAGGCAGCGCGGCCUUCCUCAGCCGCGGCCUGGCGCUCAACGUCGACCUGCUUCUCUUCCGCGGGCCCUUCUCGCUCUUCCGCGGGGGCUGGGAGCUGCCCGACGCCUACAAGCGCAGCGACCAGCGAGGCGCCCUGGCCGCGCGCUGGCGGCGCACGGUGCUGCUGCUGGCCGCCGUGAACCUGGCGCUGAGCCCGCUGGUGCUGGCCUGGCAGGUGCUGCACGCCUUCUACAGCCACGCGGAGCUGCUGCGGCGCGAGCCGGGGGCGCUGGGGACGCGCCGCUGGUCCCGCCUGGCCCACCUGCAGCUGCGCCACUUCAACGAGCUGCCGCACGAGCUGCGCGCGCGCCUAGCCCGCGCCUACCGCCCCGCCGCCGCCUUCCUGCGCGCCGCCGCGCCCCCGGCGCCCCUGCUCGCGCUGCUGGCCCGCCAGCUCGUCUUCUUCGCCGGCGCGCUCUUCGCCGCGCUGCUCGUGCUCACCGUGUACGACGAGGACGUGCUGGCCGUGGAGCACGUGCUCACCGCCAUGACCGCGCUCGGGGUCACCGCCACCGUGGCCAGGUCUUUCAUUCCGGAAGAACAGGGCCGGGGUCGUUCCCCGCAGUUCCUGCUGCAGGCGGCCUUGGCGCACAUGCAUUACCUCCCGGAGGAGCCCGGCCCUGCCGGCAAGGCCAGCGCUUACCGGCAGAUGGCGCGGCUGCUUCAGUACCGAGCGGUCUCCCUCCUGGAGGAGCUCCUGUCCCCUCUCCUCACUCCGCUGUUUCUACUGUUCUGGUUUUGCCCCCGUUCCCUGGAGAUCAUUGACUUUUUUCAUCACUUCACUGUGGAUGUGGCUGGAGUUGGGGACAUCUGUUCCUUUGCCCUGAUGGAUGUGAAGCGCCACGGCCACCCUCAGUGGCUCUCGGCAGGACAGACAGAGGCCUCGCUCUCUCAGCGUGCAGAGGAUGGAAAGACUGAGCUCUCCUUGAUGAGGUUCUCCCUGGUGCAUCCACAAUGGCGCCCCCCAGGGCACAGCUCCAAGUUCCUGGGGCACCUUCGGGGCAGGGUCCAACAAGAUGCAGCAGCCUGGGGCGCCACUUCUGUCCGCAGUCCCCCCACCCCGGGGGUGCUCAGUGACUCCUCCUCACCUCUGCCUGAGGCCUUCCUGGCCAACCUCUUGGUGCACCCCCUCCUGCCCCCGCGGGACCUGAGCCCCACAGCCCCCUGCCCAGCCGCAGCCACAGCCAGCCUCCUGGCCUCCAUUUCCCGCAUUGCCCAGGACCCGAGCUGUGUGUCCCCAGGAGGCACUGGGGGCCAGAAGCUGGCCCAGCUCCCAGAGCUUGCUUCUGCUGAGAUGAGUCUGCAUGCCAUCUACCUGCACCAGCUCCAUCAACAGCAGCAGCAGGAACUGUGGGGUGAGGCUUCAGCCUCUUCCCUGUCCAGGCCCUGGUCCAGCCCCUCCCAGACACUCUCGCCUGAUGAGGAGAAGCCGUCCUGGUCAAGUGAUGGCUCCAGUCCUGCCUCCAGCCCCAGACAGCAGUGGAGAACCCAGAGAACCCAGGAUCUGCUCCCCGGAAGGUUUCAGGAGACCACAGAUGCCCAGAAGGAGCCUGGCCAGGCCCCUAGCACUGACUGAGAGGGCUCCUCAGGGUCGGUAUUGUCUAACUGGGGUGGGAGCUGGGGAAUGAAGAGAAAGUUGGGUGGAGCCAGACUUGAAGGGAUGGGGGCAGUGGUGGGAAUUCAGGGCGAUAGGGAUGGUCAUCUUUGGAAUCUAAAUCUCCGACUGCUUGCCAAGAGCCUUCUCCUCCCCCAGGUUCCCUGGCUUCUCCAGCCAUAGGAGAUCAGACAAGGCCGAGUGGAAGGGCAUGAUGCCGAGCCAUCUUUAAAGACCCCCGCCCCCCUGACUUUAGAUCUAAGGAUGUUUCAGUUGGGCAGGACUUGGGGGAGGUUAAUGAUAAGCUCAUCCCAGAGAGCAGAGAAAGGGUAGGAGAGGAGAUGCCAAAGGCAUCUGGAGACAGUGUUAGAGACGAUCCCCGUCUGAAGGGGCUAAGGGGACACCACACCAACUAACUGUCCUCGAGCAAUUGCCUGGGAAGAAAUCCCCAGGUAUCCUCAGGGUGGAGGACGGGGCCAAGGUGGAGGCCUAGCUAAAUGCAAGGGAAACAGUGAGGGACGGGACCUGGAUGGCAGUGGGCUCUCCAAGCCUGUCUGGCCUUCACGUUCCACUGGGGACUUGUGAGUGGAAAGACUCUACAGAGGGCUGGUGGUUUUGGAGCUCAGCACUGGCAGCGCUGGCUGCGGAAGUGGGUGUGGAUCCUCAUCCUGUCUGAAACCGGCUGUAAAGGUUGCUCAUGGCUUGCUGCACCUCUUUGUGACCUUCGUCUCUGGCGUCCCCAUUCCUGGUGGAGGGCUGUACCUCCUUCUCAAUCAAGAGCAAGGAAGCAACACAGAACUGCCCGUGAUGGGCUGGAAGCCACAUUUCCAGAGUGCUGGGUCAGAGUGGAGUGUGUAGGAUAGGACUCCCUGUCAAAGAAUUGCCACGCCCUCCAGCUGCACAAG